AUGUUGAUUAUAGGGACUUUAGAGGAUCUUGAGGAAAUUGAAAAAAAUAAAAUUUCUAAUUCUACAAAAGAAAAAUUUACAUCAACAGAUAAUAACAACAUAAUAGACAUAGAAAUUUUAAAUGCAUCUAUAGAAGAAUUAGUUAUGCGUUCAGAAUAUCAACGGCUCAUUCAUGAACAAAAAACAAUGGAAGAAAAAAUUAAAGACAAUGAAGAAAAAAUAAAAAACAACAAACAAUUACCAUAUCUUGUAGGGAACAUAGUAGAAAUUUUAGAUGUAGGGCCCGCAACUGAAAUGGAAGAAGGUGCAAAUAUCGAUUUAGAUGCGACAAGAAAAGGAAAAUCAGCUGUUAUUAAAACAUCGACACGUCAAACAAUAUUCUUGCCUCUUAUAGGUCUUAUAGAGUCUGAAAAACUUAAACCAGGUGACCUUAUUGGAGUCAACAAAGAUUCAUAUCUGAUUCUUGACACAUUACCUACUGAAUAUGAUAGCAGAGUUAAAGCUAUGGAAGUUGAUGAAAAGCCUAUGGAAACUUAUUCAGAUAUUGGAGGAUUAGAUAAACAAAUAGAAGAGCUUGUCGAGGCCAUUGUUUUACCUAUGAAACAAACAGAUAAAUUUAAAUCUUUAGGUAUUCGACCACCAAAAGGGGCAUUAAUGUAUGGUCCACCUGGAACAGGAAAAACUUUAUUAGCCAGAGCAUGUGCAGCUCAAACAAAUGCAACAUUUUUAAAGCUUGCAGCACCUCAACUUGUCCAAAUGUUCAUUGGAGAUGGUGCAAAAUUAGUAAGAGACGCGUUUUCUUUAGCAAGAGAAAAAGCACCUACUAUUAUUUUUAUAGAUGAAUUAGAUGCUAUUGGAACAAAACGUUUUGAUUCAGAUAAAUCCGGUGAUAGAGAGGUCCAAAGAACUAUGCUUGAACUAUUAAACCAAUUAGAUGGAUUUAGCAGUGAUGAAAGGGUCAAAGUUUUGGCAGCGACUAACCGUGUUGAUACUCUUGAUCCAGCAUUAUUACGAAGUGGAAGAUUAGACAGAAAAAUAGAGUUUCCUUUACCAAAUGAAGAAGCAAGAGCAGGAAUUUUACAAAUUCAUUCAAGAAAAAUGACAAUUGAUAGUCAAAUUAACUGGAAUGAACUCGCACGAAGCACGGAUGAAUAUAAUGGAGCUAUGUUAAAAAGUGUAUGUGUUGAAGCUGGAAUGAUCGCUUUACGACAAGGAGAAACUAAAAUAAGUCAUGAGAACUUUGCAGAAGCGGUCAAUGAAGUUAUGAUGAGAAAAAAAACUAUAAGUAAUUUCUAUGCAUAA